GCGGGGAAGCCGUCAGGGGGUCCUCAUGGGAAUGUGCCGUACACUUCACCUCUUUCGCUUCUCGCUCUACAUCAUCCCUGAGAAGCCUUUUUAAACACUUGAAUGUGCUUGUUUCAGAAUGUAUUUGUAAAGCGCUGUCAGAUUAUGUUGUACGGAAGUGGGGACUGUGAUGCCGUGCAAUUUCCCUUUGCCUUUUGCAUUACAUGGCGCCGCCAUCUUGAGCAGAAGUGUAUCAUGGGGCUCGCCAUUUUACUUGGUCGAGCGCGUAUUUCCGGUUCCGGCAGGGGGCUUCCUUUUCUCUUUCACUGCAAGGCGGCUGCGGUAGCGGUUGUGCUGCUCUUUUCUCUGAGCCAUCCAGUGCCAUCCUCGUCGCUGCAGCGACACACGCGCUCGCCGCCGCCAUGACUGAGCAGAUGACCCUUCGUGGCACCCUCAAGGGCCACAAUGGCUGGGUAACCCAGAUCGCUACUACUCCGCAGUUCCCGGACAUGAUCCUGUCCGCCUCUCGAGAUAAGACCAUCAUCAUGUGGAAACUGACCAGGGAUGAGACCAACUAUGGAAUUCCACAGCGUGCUCUGCGGGGUCACUCCCACUUUGUUAGUGAUGUGGUUAUCUCCUCAGAUGGCCAGUUUGCCCUCUCAGGCUCCUGGGAUGGAACCCUGCGCCUCUGGGAUCUCACAACGGGCACCACCACAAGGCGAUUUGUGGGCCAUACCAAGGAUGUGCUGAGUGUGGCCUUCUCCUCUGACAACCGGCAGAUUGUCUCUGGAUCUCGAGAUAAAACCAUCAAGCUAUGGAAUACCCUGGGUGUGUGCAAAUACACUGUCCAGGAUGAGAGCCACUCAGAGUGGGUGUCUUGUGUCCGCUUCUCGCCCAACAGCAGCAACCCUAUCAUCGUCUCCUGCGGCUGGGACAAGCUGGUCAAGGUAUGGAACCUGGCUAACUGCAAGCUGAAGACCAACCACAUUGGCCACACGGGCUAUCUGAACACGGUGACUGUCUCUCCGGAUGGAUCCCUCUGUGCUUCUGGAGGCAAGGAUGGCCAGGCCAUGUUAUGGGAUCUCAACGAAGGCAAACACCUUUACACGCUAGAUGGUGGGGACAUCAUCAACGCCCUGUGCUUCAGCCCUAACCGCUACUGGCUCUGUGCUGCCACAGGCCCCAGCAUCAAGAUCUGGGAUUUAGAGGGAAAGAUCAUUGUAGACGAACUGAAGCAAGAAGUUAUCAGUACCAGCAGCAAGGCAGAACCACCGCAGUGUACCUCCCUGGCCUGGUCUGCCGAUGGCCAGACUCUGUUUGCUGGCUACACAGACAACCUGGUACGAGUAUGGCAGGUGACCAUCGGCACGCGCUAGAAGUUUAUGGCAGAGCUUUACAAAUUAAAGAAGAAAAAACUGGCUUUUA